AAUGUUUGUCAUUCAGGUUCCAAGAAUCCUGGCACUUAAAACAAUCGAUUUAAAACGCUAGACCGUAAUGCCUUGGGGAGGUUCAGAAGCAAAGCCCAGAGCGCAAGCGGGUUUCUGAGGAAUGAAAAGGAGAAAGCGUGCCAGCCUGGGCAGCCAAAGAGCCUCAACAAUGCAGCGAGGCGGCGGCGGCGGCGGCCCUUUUGGCUGAGAGGGGUCCAAGAGGGCCCAAAAGGUCCCCGCGCGCUGGGAGGCCCGGCCUUCUUUCUAGACCUUUCCGAGCAGCGUUCGGCCCCGACUCGGGGCUCGGCGAGGUCCGGGGCCUAGGCCGGGCGGGCCCGGGGCGCCCUGAGCCGCGCACCCGGGGGUCCGUGGGCGGCGGGCCGCGCCGCGCCUUCGUUAGAGGGCGCUCGCUCAGGGGCGCCGCCGCUUCCUCCCGCCAACCCUCCCCGCCCGCCCGCCGGCCGGCCGGGGCGCACGCAGCCGCCAGGCCCUGAGGAGCGAGCCUCCACGCCGGCCGCCCGGGACCUGCAGCCGGGAGGGCCGCGCCGCGCCGCUGCCUCCUUCCGCCGGCCAUGCAUUCUUCCGGCUCCCGCAGCCCGGGCCCGGCCCCGGCCUGCCCGAGGCAGCCGCGAGGGGACUAGGGCGCCCGCGCGCCCGCUCGCGCCGCGCCUCGGGCCGCCUGGGCCGCCGCAGCCGCGUCCAUGACCGCGACCCCCGGGCCUGGGACUCCCGCCGCCGCCGCCGGCCCUCGGCCCUGUCGCCGCUCGCCGCUCGCGCCCACUGAGAAAGACAGGACCGACGCCAAUGUGAGAAUGGCUGUGACCGUGGAAGAAGCUCCGUGGCUGGGCUGGAUCGUAGCGAAAGCCCUGAUGAGAUUUGCCUUCAUGGUCGCCAACAACCUGGUUGCUAUUCCAUCCUACAUCUGCUAUAUAAUUAUACUGCAGCCACUCCGGGUGCUGGACAGUAAGCGCUUCUGGUACAUCGAAGGACUCAUGUACAAAUGGCUUUUAGGAAUGGUGGCUUCGUGGGGAUGGUAUGCGGGAUACACAGUGAUGGAAUGGGGGGAAGAUAUUAAAGCAAUCGCUAAAGAUGAAGCAGUGAUGUUGGUGAACCACCAGGCAACUGGAGAUGUGUGUACAUUGAUGAUGUGCCUACAGGACAAAGGACCGGUUGUCGCUCAGAUGAUGUGGCUGAUGGAUCAUAUUUUCAAGUAUACAAACUUUGGAAUUGUUUCUCUUAUUCAUGGAGACUUCUUUAUAAGACAGGGAAGAGCCUAUCGUGACCAACAGCUGCUGGUUCUCAAGAAGCACCUUGAACAUAAUUACAGGAGCAGAGAUCGAAAAUGGAUUGUUUUGUUUCCUGAAGGGGGCUUCCUCAGGAAGAGGAGAGAAACAAGCCAGGCAUUUGCCAAGAAAAAUAACUUGCCAUUUCUUACACAUGUCACUUUGCCAAGGUUUGGGGCAACAAACAUUAUUCUGAAGGCACUGGUAGCCCGGCAGGAAAAUGGAAGCCCGGCAGGAGGAGACGCUAGAGGCUUUGAAUGCAAAUCAAGAGGCCUCCAGUGGAUAAUAGACACAACCAUAGCUUACCCCAAAGCUGAGCCAAUAGACAUUCAGACCUGGAUCCUGGGCUACAGGAAGCCGACAGUCACUCAUGUCCAUUACAGGAUUUUCCCAAUUGGAGAUGUGCCCUUGGAGACUGAGGACCUCACCAGCUGGCUCUACCAGCGCUUUAUUGAAAAGGAGGAUCUUCUGUCCCAUUUUUAUAAGACAGGGGCCUUUCCUCCUCCCCAGGGCCAGAAGGAAGCUGUCUCCAGAGAGAUGACCCUCAGCAACAUGUGGAUAUUCCUCAUUCAGUCCUUUGCGUUUUUGUCAGGCUAUCUGUGGUACCACAUCAUUCAGUAUUUUUACCAUUGUCUAUUUUAGGAAUUGACUUGGACUUGCUACGUAGGAGUUCAGACUUCUUCAUUCAUGUGCAUUAUUUUACAUGUGCAAAUCAAAAUAUACAAAUCAAAAUAUAUAAAAAGAAAAGGAAAUUCAAUGGAUGGAUUAAUGUUUAUCCCCCUUUGGGAUAUUUUAAAACUCUACUACAAUGAGGAUCAGUAAUACAAAUGAUGUGCUAAUAUAUUUUAAGAACCUUUUAUGUUUUAAAGAGAUACACUCUACCAUACAUUCACGCAAGCAUCAUACUGGGAGAAGAGGAGAUCAUAAAAUCAUCCUAGAAGACUCCGAGAGAAACUGUGGCCGCCGGAUGCCCUUAGCCUGUGACCUGCUUGUGACCUUUAGUUCAGGUUCAGAAGCUAGGCUCCUCUUCCCUAGGACAGAACGCCACAACAUUAAUGUGUCUGCCCUUCAUGCUGAGGUACUGGUAGCCUGGAGAGCUGGUGGGCACAUCCUGAGGAGUGGUCUCACCAUCUAGCAACCCUGGCUAAGGUGCAGCAUUGGCAUUCUCUGUGGGGAGCAGUGUCCACUGUCCACCUGAUGUCACUGUGUCCUUGAAAGGCUAGCUCAGCCCAGUACCAUGUUUACAUGUGCUAGUGCUUUCCCUUCAGGAGAGGGGAGCACCCACUUUCUCUUUUUGUAUAGAAGGCAUAUCAUAGAAUGAUAAUUGUAUUUUACAAAAUGCACUUUUAUCAGAUGCAAAUAUAGCAAAGGAUAGUAACCUAGCCUGAAACAAAGGGAAGCCUCGUCCGUGAGCAGGCUCCCAGGAGGCUUUCCUGUCUGUGCUGGCCCAAGAUGCUCUAGCACCACCUUCAUUGGCCACCUUCCUGAACCCACUCCCCUACUGGUAGCUGGAUCCCCUGCCCCAAAUUUUGAUAUUAUAGUACCAAAUGUAUUUGGGGGCGGUUAAAGCAAAUUAACAUAAAACAUUUAAAUGACCAGUUUCAGGGAACUAGAGUAGCUUAUUAGGAAACAAGAGGUAGAACCAGAUCUUGGCUUGCAAUAUUGACAAGGCCUCUUGUGGACGCCAGCCAGGGUCUACAUGUUCUGUCAUUACGUCAAGCAGCUGCCCCUCUCAGGGUGGCAGGGCCAGGAGACAGCAGCUCAAAAACACUUCCCAGUCAGUCUCUUCAGUUGUCUUCUAAGAGGGCAAAGUCAAGCAAGUUUCUGUUCAU